AACACCUUAAAAAAUACCAGACGUACGUGGUACUUUCGCCGGUGAAGCCCCUGGUGCUUCGCUAAUGUCAAUUGAUUCGAGGUUAUCAGCCCUGUAGUCAGCCCGUGCAUGCACAUGUGGCUUAUUAGCAUGCAGCUAGUCUAGAACUAGACUAGAAUUAGUCCCACGACAAAAGCAAAUCGCAUGCAUUGGAACGACACAUCUUCGACCCCUCAAAGCAAACAGAGUAGCACGUGGCUUUUCUUCCCAUCUUAACUUUUAUUACUUUUCUUUUGGGAUUAGCUGCCGAAUGCUGACGUUGCAUCGGAUCUCGAUUGAUUUGGUCAAUGGCAUCGGCCUCGGGAGGACAACAAGGCCACAACGGAAACACGCCCAUACAUCUUCGUCUCCGCCGUAGAAGCAUCUACAGCCCGCUGCCGGAGGGCGGUCAGAGGUUUCGGCUCUUGAUACUAAACCCUGGGACGGGAGACGAGCCGCUCUCUGGCCUGCUCAAGGUUGCUUCACUUCACAGCGAUGAGGAUGACGAUAAUGGUGAUGCUGAGGAGGGCGACGACGAUGGAAAUUCGCGCCUCACCUACGACGCAGUCUCGUACGUAUGGGGUGAUGAGCAGCGUGAUACUCGACCCAUCACCAUCAAUGGAGCCGUGCUCCCCAUCGGUGCUAACCUGCACUGGGCUCUGCACCGCCUCCGCCUCCAGGACGCGCCCCGCGCCCUCUGGGCCGAUGCUCUCUGCAUUAACCAGCGCGACAUGGCUGAGCGCAGCGCCCAGGUGGCUGUCAUGGGUCUUAUCUAUAGUCGCGCUCGCUGGGUGUUGGCAUGCGUUGGUUCUCAAAAUGUCGACAGUGGCGCCGCGACCAUGAUAUCGGGCCUGCUUUCCACUUAUGCGCCGGCCAUGCGAUUCCCCGCCGGACCGUCCGAGGCAUUCGAGCAAGACCCAAGGUGGUCCGCCCUCCCUGGCUUGCUCGGGAAGCCCUGGUUUCAACGCGCCUGGGUGCUGCAAGAGGUUGGGCUGGCGCGAGAUCCGCGGAUCGUAUACGGGGAUGCCACAUCCGACGGGUCGCGAGCCGUCCCUGACGACAGCGAGUUCAUCAACUACCGCGACCUGAUGUACGUGAUCGAGUGGGUCAACACCCACGCCACCGAAUUUGCGUCCAAGGCAGACCUAGGCUCACUGCUCAUCCACAUGCGCUGGGCGGACUGGACAUCGCAAAAGGCAGAGGAGCAUCAGUACAGGUUUCUGGACUUGCUGGAUCAUGGGGCUCUAAUGGGCUGCAGAGAUCCUAGGGACCACAUCUACUGCUUCCUGGGCCAUCCACUGGCUAGGACAGCCGACGGGGAGCCACUGGUGGUUCCAGACUACGGCAAGACUGUUGUCCAGGUAUUCGAGGAGGUUUCGGCGCUGCUGAUACGGGACGCGGGUGUGAGGAGCCUCUGCAUUGUCGAGCACAACGAGAGGUCGAUAAAAGCACCGUCGGUCCCGUCGUGGGUUAUACGUUGGGAUAUUAAUCGCGUGACCAACAACAUUUACUGUCACCCCAACGACAGCUUUGCAGCCUGCAGGCACGAUGGCAACUACAACAACGUUGAGCCGGAAUUCGUCGGCAAAGACGGGCGUGUACUGAGAGUCAAAGGGGUCGCGGUCGAUGUCAUCCAGACCUGUUACCGUAUCAGCCUGCGUCCCGAGUCAAGGCGAUUAUACUUUAGACGGGAGGGCCAGUCUAGGUCCUCCUCACCUUCGGUCGACCUCGAGGCGUUGAUUGCAGAGCUCCAAAAGCCCACAACGACAUAUGCAUACGCCUCCUGGCCGCGCGAAAAACACUCCGUCCCGGGUGCUGCUAACCACCCAAUCAGCGGUAGCAACAGUCGGGUGGCCAAUCUUGCGCUGGCACUGUGCAUGGGGCAACUACAAGAAACAGAUGUGGCCCUUGCGGGCGAAACCCUGAUGCUGUUACUGGGUGCGCUCCGCAACAGGCGCGGGCCCCGGGCCAAGAAACGAAAGAAACAAGAGGAUCCUCCCACCGAUGUCGAAAGCCGCAUCCACAACCUCUGGAACUGCAUCGAGGCAUACUGCGACGGCCGGUCCUUUUUUGUCACCUCAAAUGGCUACUACGGUCUCGCUGACUUGAUUACAAAGCCCGGAGACGUCUGUGCAGUAGUGCGCGGCAGCAGAGUACCAUUUGCCUUGAGACCAGGACAGGGAGAGUGGAGCGGCAUACAAGGCAAAAAGAAAGCAAAUGAACCCAAGAGAUCCGCUGUGAGGCGAGUGCGGUUGGUGGGCGAAGCAUACGUACAUGGGUUUAUGCGUGGAAGGGCAAUCGAUCUAUUGAACAAAGGAGAUCUGAUGGAAGAGGCCAUUGACAUUUGGUGACACGAAUAGAAAGCAUACCAAUCCGAAUAUUCGACGACAUUAACAUGGAAACGAAGCAUGCUUUCAGCAUUUAGUUAGGCUUGAUCUUAUGAGACCCCUCGAAGUAGCCCGCAGACCAUUGGGAUCAAGGUAAAAGCACACUCUACCUCAUGGCAGGCACGCCGCCCUCCAUGGUUCUGCCAACCUUCGGAACCUUCAGUACCCCAGCAUCUGUCAGAUCCGCCGCCAGUCUGGCCAGCAGCCCAUCACACCCCUUGGCCACAAGCACAUCCACGCCGACUGGAUACAGCUCAUCAUGGCCAGUAAUGUUGCUUCUUGCAACCACUUCACCUAGAGGGAAGACACUGUCGGGGACCUCGGCGAACACGCUGACGCGGCUGGUCGAAAAGCCCAACGGCACAGAGGGCGGGCCCGAGUAUCGGUUGCGGUACGACUGCCCGGAGCCGAUGGAGCUGGGAUACAGAACAAUCGAUGACGUGCACUGCGCCUCAUCGGACACUCGGGGAAGAACCAAAUCGUUGAACCAAUCCUUGAAGAUUGUCUUGUUACGGAGGGCGUCGGAGAGGGCGGUGACGGGCAGGCUAUCGCCAUAUGCCCAGCGCGCGAGGGGAGCCGGGUUGACAAAAGGUUUGCGACCGUCAAAGGCAGCUGGGAAUGGACGAAAAGAAAGCCUGUCAGCAAAGCAACUUGAAGCACGGUCACGGCUACUACUUGGUCGGGCUGUAAAAUUCUGGUCAGGGUUCGGACUCACCGGCAUAGUCCUUGUAGAAAGGAUCCCGAACCAGCUCCGUUUGGUGCUUGGCGAUGAGCACAGCGUAGCUGGCCCUCAGCAUCUCAUCCAACGAAGACCCAUUGGCACCGGCCGGACCAGAGCUCAUCCACUCGUUGCUGAGAACCAUCGGCUCAACACUGCUGUCACUUCCGAUGAAGCCCGCCAACUUCUGAACAAACCCAUUCAACAGCACUGCCCAAGGUUCCGUCGCGUUGGCGGCCGGGAACCCCACGGUACGGAUGCGCUUUGGGUAGCUCGCCUUGGCAACCGAAGUGUAGUUGCCCGAAAAGAUUACAUCGUUGGCAACAUCCCAUAGGUGAGGAUCCCGCAGUAGGAAACCGACCGUGUCGAGCGAAGGGGACAGCGGCAUCGCACCGUCGAGCGUGACCAACCCGUGGCUGGGGCGGUUUCCGAAAACGCCGCCCACGCCGGCAGGCCCACGGAUGGAGCCACCAGUGUCCGACCCGAUGGCAAUGUCAAGCCAGUCGUAGCUCGCCACUGAUGCUCCGGCGCCGGAAGAUGACGAGCUCGGGUCUUGGUAGCCGUCGCCGCGCGGGUUGUACGGCGCGUGGUAGUCGACCCAGUCGGCCGUGGGGCUCUCUCCGUUGGCGAACUGGCUCGGCUUUUGCAAGCCGAUCAUGACGGCCCCGGCGUCGAUGAGUCUCUGCAUGGCCGGUGCCGUCUGCUCCGCGGCAGGGUACAGCUGGUACCAGGCCCUGUUGCCAUUCGACUGCUUGACGCCCUUGAGGGCAAAGAUAUCCUUGACUCCAAUUCGUACACCCGCAAGCGGUUUGUCGACCGUCCGAGUGUAGUAGAGCCGGCUGGGCACCCCGAUGGUCAGGGAUGAUGACGACUGAACUUGGGCUGACAGCGCCUGAAAGCUACCGUCUGGGCGCUGCAGUAGAGACGUGGAGAAGGCGCCCGCAAAGUCGACAUAGAGCCUGUAGACGGGGAACAGUCGCCCGGUUGCGGCCUCGAGGAAGUAUGGCCCGGAAGGCACGGUGCUUCCUGGGUAUGCGUCAAGGGGCAAUAUGACUGAUCCUGACGUGGAGCAGUUGAAAAUGGUCUGCUUCGAGACAGCAUCGGCUCCAGCCAGGAAAACGGCGCCGAUGAAGCCCCUGUUGAAGACAUCGUCGGUUGAUGUCCAGUUCUUGAACAGAGCCGCCAGAUCCGACUUGACGGUCGGCGUGCCCACCACGGUCACAGGCUUGAAGCCAAAGACGGCGGGCACAUCUUUGAGCUCGUCGAGGCCUACGGUGACAUUGGCGGCGGAGAAAGGCGAGAUAUAGUAGUCAACCUGGUUGAGCUUUACGGAAAUGCCAGUCGACUCCAGGCGUGCCGAUGCCACCAGGGGUAGCGCAGCGAGGAGUAGAAAGAUUUGGCUGACAAGGAAGCCGAAGGAAGCUGGACGACGCUCCAUAACUGCUGCGCCUUGGUGUUUGGACAGAACGCAGGCUUUCUCUCUGGCUCGGAACAAUGUCCAAGUCGUGAUCCGCGGCUACGAAGGACGACGGGGACAGACCGGUCUUGUACCAACCAUGCUGACCAUGACCAUGACCAAGCUCGAGGGGAGCAGCAUGAUAUCGAUUGUGUAUUAGAUUGUGCAGAUAAGCAAGAAAAUCCUCCUCGAAAUCUCGCACGACAACUCCAUCGUGGUGCGCCCUAUUACCCAACGAUACAGGCUUGGCAGCGGGCCCCCAAUUGAUCGGCUGGGGGCCGCUUAUCUAGGUGAAUACCAAUCACAACAAUGACAAUGCAUCGAUGAAGCAGAAAAAGGAAGGAGCAAGUACUGCGGCGGUGUCUACCGGUAGCAAGGAGGACCGGCCUCCCUGUCGGUGAUGGUGCGUUCAUUAAUUCAUCCAUUCCUCCGCUCACUGUUUGUUUGCUUUUGGAGAUCAGCGCCCGCCGAUGACGGGGCGGGGGUCAGCCAAAGUCGUGGGCCUUGGUCGUCACAAAUGUAACGGUAAAGACUUGGGUUUGCAUUAGCGUUGUCUGGGCAGAUAAACCCCAGAUCAGGAACAGUUCUGAUUUUGGCGUAGUUUGCGCAGUACGUUCCUUGGAUCCCUUGGUACCUUACCUAGCCGGCAACCCGGCGCGUGGCAUGCCCUGGUUGUACCUGGAAUAUAAUUGGAACUAUUAAAUAAUUUGUAGAAAGGAUGCCACAAGGAUGAGAGAGAUGUUGCAAGCAAAUGAAUCCACGAAAAUAGGAGCCACUCAGCCCCUUGGCAGUUCCGAUAAGAAUUAUGGUGGAAUGAAC